AAAAGUCCAAACGACCAUUACCCACCAAAUAAUGUGCUUCUAGCUAGCACAGCAUUAAUCUGAUCUCUGGCAGUAGCUCCUUCUAAACAUGGCAAAAAUCACGGUGGAGCUGGUGAGGAGGAGAGCUGAGCACAACAACUGUGAGAUAUCUACCCUGGAGGAGUUGUCUCUGCACCAACAGGACCUGGUCAAGAUAGAGCAUUUGGAUCGAUGGUGUAAGUGCCUCAAGAUCCUCUACCUGCAGAACAAUCUCAUUGGUCGCAUUGAGAACGUGGGUCGACUGAAACAGCUGCAGUACCUCAACCUGGCCAUCAACAAUAUAGAGAAAGUCGAGAACCUCAGCAAUUGUGAGUUUCUUGAUAAGCUCGACCUGACGCUCAACUUUAUAGGGGACCUGCUCAGUGUGGAGUCACUAGCCCGUAACGUCCACCUCCGAUAUCUCUACCUCACGGGGAACCCAUGCACUGAUUACCAUGGUUACAGAGACUUUGUAGUGGCUAUUCUCCCUCAGAUAACAUCUCUGGACGGUACCGAGGUUACUAAGUCUGAGAGAAUCUUAGCCUCUCAGAAGGUUGACUCUAUAAGAAGGGAGAUUGUGGCACAGCAAGAAGAGUAUAAGGAGAAACGAUCCAAAGAGAAAGCCGAUCACGAGCAGAGGCAAGCAAAAAAGAAAGAGAAGAAGCCUGGCUUUGAUGGGAGGUGGUAUACUGACACUGAUGCCCAUGUCGCUAAGGAUGGAGGUGACAAAGAGCCGGAAGAAGACGACGAUGAGUUUUGGCAGGAGAAUGUUCCGUACACACCAGAGUCGAGGACGGAGACACUCCUACACAUUGCUGAGAAGAAGAAAGAGACACCCACAGAGCCAAGUGGUCCUGAGCAGCUGAAGCGAGUGAGAAGAUUGGAGAUGGACGGGAAAAUGCUCAACGUCAACGAAGGAAGGUACGAGUUCCACUUGACUGAGAGUGAGGAUGACAGCUGCUUGGUGCUCGAUGUGGCAGUGCCUCGAUUCAUGGACACCUCAUUGGUCGACUGUGACGUACAGCCCUCCUACAUCCGAGCCACCAUCAAGGGGAAGAUUUUACAACUGGUUCUCCCGGACGAGGUAUCACCUGACCAGAGCUCCGCCCAGCGAUCGCAAACUACAGGCCACCUCCUCAUCACCAUGCCUAAAGCUGGGCACAUUAUUAGCGGCAAGAAGAAGACGUCUCAACAAAAAUAUUCAACUGGCAAAGACAAGAUGGAGAAGCCUUUGCAAAGACAGGCAGGGAAUAGAAGCAAAACGGAAUCAUGUGGAGAUACGAAUAGAGCAAACGAUCCACAAAAUGAGAGUUGUAAAGAGCGUCCCGAGUUGCUUGAGGUUGACCCCAGUGUGAGGAGAGGUGCUGACUUUGCUAAUAUCGUGAGGAACAAGGAGAACGACCCCCCGGGAAAUUUAAGGACUGCUGCCCCCCUGAAAAAGGGGGUCGCUGAUGUAGGGGUCAGUGAGGAUUUUGUUGAUGAUCCCGAUGUACCGCCUCUCAUUUAACAGCUAUUAUAUUAUAGCAUUACAUCAUCCAACUUAUAAUAAUAUGAGGCAUGCAGCCAUAUAUCACUUUGUGCCCUAUAUAUCACUAUCGUCAGUAUUCUUUUUUUGCAUCAUCUGUAUAAUAUUAAUUUAUAUACGUUUACAUGAAACAUUACUUUUAUGUUGUUGUAGAAUUGAGUGUAUUACAUAAUUAAAUCACAUAACAUGUUUGGAAAACAAUAAACAGAAUAAUAAUAAUUAUAUGUG